AUGUGUUCUGUCACACUGAUGGACUGCAGGAAACUGAUGGAGAUGGAAACACAGACCACAGUGAAGGAAGAACAGACUGAUGAAGAUGAGAAUCAUGAUGAUUUUGUUCCUUCAGGUAAACUGUUGAACUGCAAUAACAUGGAGAUAAAAACAGAACCCAAAUCAGAGGAAGAUCAAACUGAUGAAGAUGAUGACUUUAUACCCUCAGUGGACACUGAUGUAGUUUCAGAUGUGCUGGAGGUUGUUGUUAACGCUGUUGUGUUUGUUUCAGAUGAGAGCGGUGAUUCAUGUUGUGAUGGAGAAACGGCCUCUACAUCAAAACAGCGACUGACAGCACAAACUCUUUCCUGCAUCACCUGUGGAAAGACAUUCAGUUCACAGAGACGUUUAGAGACACAUGAGAGAAAACACACAGAACAGAAACUCUUCACCUGCACCAGAUGUGACAUCAGCUUUCCUACCUUACAAGAGAAGAAACUUCAUUCACAAGAGCACAGAGACCAGAAACACUUUCACUGUCAGCAGUGUGGGAAGAACUUUCUCUGCUCUUCUCAUCUGAACAUUCACAUGAGGUCACACACUGGAGAAAAACCUUUCCACUGCAGUCAAUGUGGCAAAUAUUUCAGCACCAAAGGAAAUCUUGUUUCUCAUCAGAGAACUCACACUGGAGGAAAAACAUACGAGUGUCCUCACUGUGACAAGAGAUUCAACCAUUCAUCUAAUGUUAAGAAACACAUGCGUUCACACACCGAUGAGAGACCGUAUGAGUGCAGUGAAUGUGGAAAAACCUUUAAGAGGUCAGGUUCUUUAAAGUCACACCUUAAUACACAAUCUGAGGAGAAACUCUAUCAGUGUUCACACUGUGAUAAAAGUUUUGUUAAAAAAUCGUACUUGGUACGUCGUGAGCGAAUUCACACUGGAGAGAAACCUUACCUCUGCUCUCACUGUGGAAAGAGCUUUUCUGAUCCAUAUACUUUUAAACGUCAUCUGAGAAUCCACACUGGAGAACGACCUUAUGACUGCAGUGUUUGUGGGAAGAGUUUCAGUCGUCAUCACCAUUUAGAGAGACACAAGAGAGUUCACACUGGAGAGAAACCUCAUCACUGCAGUGUUUGUGGGAAGAGUUUCACUCGACAAACUACUCUACUGAAUCACCAGAGACUUCACACAGGUGAAAGACUUUAUAAAUGUUCUCAGUGUGACAAGACGUUUAUUUAUUCAGGUAGCUUGAGAACCCAUGAGAGAGUUCACACUGGAGAGAAACCUUAUCACUGCUUCAUCUGUGGAGAGAGAUUCGCUUAUUUAGGAAGUUUUAAUUCUCAUCAGAAGAAACAUGCUGAAGAACAAACUGCACUGGAAUCAUCAUAACAUCUAUAACCUGGAAUAAUUCCCCUCGCAGUUUUCUUCUGUGUACUGUGUGCUAAUUUAAAUGAUUCUGUUAUUCUCUUCAUGUCUUUUCUCAUGUAUGAAUUAAAAUGAAUCUGUUUUGUGUUGUAUGUUUAUUAGAUACAACAUCAUUAUUAUUAACGUCUUGUGCUUAUAACAGUUUGCAGUUAAGAUGAGCAUAUUUUGUGUUCACAGUAUAGCACGGCCUCUCGUAUCUUAUCGCUACUUUACUGUUAAGACUGAAUGGGCAGACGAACUCGUGAACUGUGUAUUCUUUAAUAAACUGUGAGGGGAAGAGACUUUGCUUGAAAGGUAUCAUUUGCUAUUUUGUAUUGUCAUUUUGUUUUACCUACAUAGUCUUUUUACUAACUGACAGGUGCCAAGUGUCAAAUAUAAUGCGUUCCGAAUGAUUUUACAUGUAUGAAUGAACAGAACGUGUUGGGGAAUGUUACACAGAAGGUUUAACGGUUGUUUUAUUUCCGAAUAAAUGAAAAUCCCACAUUGGCUGAUGCUCA